AUGGUGGAGAGCAAUCACCACACAACCCAGCGAUCUGGAACUCCGUCGCGCCGGCCAAAGAAACCCGCCAACCCGCUUGUGAAGGGUAUUCUUGCAUACUGCUCACAGCAUGACGUCGAAAUCAGCGAGGUACCCCGAGAUCGAGACAUUCAGUCGCCUAAUCUAGACCGGGAGGGUCAUGAUCUGGCUGUGGCUGAGCCGACACGCACGAAGCCGAGCAAACUGGGACCUUUCUACGAUGACAGUCCAUCGCCGAGAUUACAGUAUCGCUCACUCUCCCGCGCCGACAUUCCCAAACGCUACACGAUCUAUGCGCCAUUGGUUCUCUUGCCAUCGAAUUUCUCCAGCCAGAAUCCACGCUGGGCGGAAUUCUACCGGGGAUUGAAUGAGUCUGAGAGAACAGAAUUGUUCAGAUGUAUUGCUGAAGAAGGAUUCGCGGGGACUGCAGUGGAGGACAGAACGGGGAUCAGAAUCGCUAUUCUUGCGCCUAUUGCUGCCGAGGAAGCCGAGAUUGAUGGUCACCGGGAGUCAACUGUUGAUGAAACGGGGCUGUUGAAGUCAGGUUUACCCACGUAUUCGACAACAGUGGUGACAAUGUCGGAAGCGAAAGGAAUGCAUGAUCCGACAAAAUCAAAGUCGGUGGGCACCCACACGACCGCCUCAACGCGCAAACAGAAUGUCCUUCGGAGUCCGUCUGGGCUUGUUCCCGUCUAUGGCGAUUGGGGAAAGAUUCUGCCGCGCAGUUGGAGUCAUGGGUCAGGUUUGGGAUGCGAGCCCUGCAGCGCGAAUGAAGACCGGAGCCGGAAGAUCAUAACCAACCCCAGCCAACAGAACUUCCAGGAGGCUUUUUGGACGUCGACCUCGCAGCAUAAAGGUAUCACGCAGUGCUGGGCGCCGCUGUAUACGAUGUUCAGUCGAGGAAAUAUCUCCGAAAAGGCGCGGAUUCUAGGAGUUGUACCUAAAGCGACUGUCCAGAGCCAGUCGGCGUCUAAACCGCAGCCCGACUCGCAGUCGCCGGCCGAGACUUUCUCCGGGACCGUGACACAACCUCAAUCGACGUUCCCAGGUCUCACGGACGCCGAAUUCGGUGAACCGCUGUCCUCGAUCGACGUAGUGGACUUCUAUGUCGGCAUUGGCUAUUUCGCAUUUUGUUACUUGGCACGCGGAGUCCGGAGAGUAUGGGGAUGGGAUAUCAAUCCAUGGAGUAUCGAGGGGCUAAGACGAGGUUGUGAGAAGAAUGGGUGGGGAUGCAUGGUCGUCCGGGUGGACGACGACGGACGACUUGAUCUGCCUGGGAAUGGGACCAACGCGACGGAAGAUCGGUUGGAGGGCGACGACGUUGUUAAGGAAGUCGUUGCACGGAUCCGGCAAGGCGACGAAGCUGAUACCGAACGUGGACCUGGACGCGAAAGGCAGGAUCAACAUGCCCCUGUUAGGUGUAUUGCCUUCUUAGGGGACAACAAAUGGUCGGACACGGUCAUGGGAAAGAUCCAGCGUGAGAUGCAGCACCAAGGUCUGGCAUUGAAUGUUAAACACGCCAAUCUGGGAUUACUCCCGACGUCCAGGGGAAGUUGGCAGAAUGCUGUCAAGGUUGUAAAAGGACAACAGAGCCGAACAGAAGGGCGAAGAGGAGGAUGGUUGCAUGUGCAUGAGAACGUCGACAUACAACACAUUGAGGCCAUGAAGAACCGAAUCAUCCAGGACCUUGAUAGUAUUGUACGACACGAACCGGAACCGGAACCAGCUGGACAAGAAGAGGAUGGUUCAGAAGCCAUUUGCGUGCCAUCUUGGUCUGUAUCAUGCGACCAGAUCCAUCAGGUCAAGACGUAUGCGCCGGGCGUCAUGCAUUGCGUUUUUGAUAUCCAUAUCACACCUAAUGGAUGA